AUGGCCUCAAGUAACGGUGAAACUAUGGCGACUCAAGCAGAUAAGAAUGUUGAAAUGUGGAGAAUAAAGAAACUUAUCAAAAGUCUUGAGGCCGCACGAGGCAAUGGCACAAGCAUGAUAUCCCUAAUCAUUCCGCCCAAGGAUCAGGUUACUCGCGUGGCGAAAAUGUUGGCUGAAGAAUAUGGCACUGCUUCAAACAUUAAAAGUCGGGUGAAUCGUCUUUCAGUGUUGAGCGCUAUCACUUCUGUCCAACAGCGUCUAAAGUUGUACAACAAGGUACCACCAAAUGGACUUGUUGUAUAUUGCGGCACUAUCAUUACGGAGGAUGGAAAGGAAAAGAAGGUGAACAUUGACUUUGAGCCUUUUCGACCAGUAAAUACCUCUCUUUAUCUGUGCGAUAACAAGUUUCAUACAGAAGCCUUGAAUGCGUUGUUAACUGAUGACAGUAAAUUUGGUUUUAUUAUUAUGGACGGUAGCGGCACUCUAUUUGGCACCCUGUCAGGGAACACUAGAGAGGUGUUGCACAAAUUCAGUGUAGAGCUUCCGAAGAAACACGGAAGAGGUGGCCAGUCAGCACUUCGUUUUGCCCGGUUGCGCGUCGAAAAACGUCACAACUACGUGAGAAAAGUCGCGGAGACUGCGGUGCAGUUGUUUAUUACGAAUGAUAAGGUUAAUGUUGAGGGACUUAUUCUCGCUGGUUUGGCCGACUUCAAAACGGAUCUUAGCCAAUCAGGGAUGUUCGACCCUAGGUUGCAAGCGAAAGUCCUGAAGAUAGUUGAUAUUUCAUACGGGGGUGAAAGUGGUUUUAACCAAGCAAUUGAACUUGCCAGUGAUACUUUGGCGGGUGUUAAAUUUAUUCAAGAGAAGAAAUUGAUCCAGCGUUACUUUGAUGAAAUAUCGCAGGAUACUGGGAAGUAUUGUUUUGGCGUGGACGAUACCCUGAAGGCACUUGAAAUGGGCGCUGUAGAUUCUCUAAUUGUAUGGGAGAACCUGGCUGUCACUCGCUAUGUGCUUCGUUCUUCAUCAAGUGACGAAAAGCGUGUUAUCCAUCUGAGACCUGAACAGGAGAGGGACCGCAGUCACUUCAUCGAUCCAGAAACACAAACUGAAAUGGAGGUUGAAGAAAGUCAGCUUCUUCUUGACUGGCUUGCUCUCAACUAUCGAUCGUUCGGUGCUAUCCUUGAGAUAGUUACCGACAAGUCACAAGAAGGCUCGCAGUUUGUUCGCGGAUUUGGUGGUAUUGGAGGUAUUCUUCGCUACCAAGUUGACUUUCAACAUUUAGCUGGUGGUGAUCUGGACUUCGACGAAGAUUUUGACCUCGACGAUUAUUAG